AUGGAGCGAGUCUCCGCCGUCGCCUCUGUCAAGUCUAGUGAGAACGGCGCCGAGUUUCAUGUUAAAGAUGCGGCAGAUGCCGACAUCGCUGAGGCCAGGCAAAUUGCAGCUCAGUGGGUGGAUGGCAAGCCAGAGGAGAGGAGACUUGUGCGCAAGCUUGACUGGCGCAUCCUUCCGUGCACUUGGGUGCUCUAUCUCCUUGGCUAUCUUGACCGAGCCAACAUUAGCAAUGCCAAAACUGGCGGUUUAGAGGAUGACUUUGGUCUCUCUUCUUCUCAAUACUCCAUCAUUGUGAUCAUGUUCUUCGUGUCCUACCUCAUUUUUGAGGUCCCAGCCAACAUGAUUUUGACUCGUGUCAGGCCCAGCGUGUUUCUUCCUGGAUUGGGUCUCAUAUGGGGGACAUUAGCCGCACUUAUGGGAGCGACGCAGAACUGGGCGCAACUUACCGGCAUGCGAUUCCUACUUGGUAUUGCCGAGGCCGGUUUCGCGCCAGGAUGUGCUUUCUUCCUUUCAUCAUGGUAUCGGCGAUAUGAAUUAGCAACGCGAUAUGCUGUGCUAUACACCUCAGUACCAAUUGCUGGAGCAAUUUCUGGCCUCCUUGCGGGUAUAAUCACUAGUCAUAUGGAUGGAGUAUCUGGUCUACCGGGCUGGAGAUGGCUCUUUAUUCUUGAGGGGAUUGGGUCAGUCAGCGCAGCCAUCGCCAUUUACUUUCUCAUGCCCGACUACCCCUCAAACAGCAAGCGGUUCUUGACCGAAGAGGAGAGCAUACUUGCCUGUAACAGGUUGGCAGCUGACGGUAUCGACCUAACCCAAGGUAACGGAGCUGAGAAUAUUCCUCACUGGGUCGCGUUCAAGAUGACGUGCAGCGACUGGAGAGUGUGGGCUCAAUGCCUGCUCUUCGUCCUCGUGACUGGAGCCCAGACGAUGCAGUACUUUAUUCCUACACUCGUAAAAAGCUUCGGAUGGACUGGGCCGUCUGGUCAAUACCAUACCAUUCCUGCUUACAUGGCCGCCCUGGUCUACGUAGUUGCAUGCUGCUGGUUGGCAGACAGGUACCAGCGCAAGUGGCAGUUUAUCGCCGGCCUGUCUGGCCUCGGCUGCGUCUUAUUCAUUGCCGUGACUACGGUCCAAGACAGGAUGGCCCAGUACGUACUCACCAUCUUCGCCUUCGGCACAAUAUACGGCUGCUCUCCAUUGGUGAAGACGUGGGUGUCAGAUGUCAUUCCCCAGCCUGCGGCAAAGCGAGCUAUUGCUAUUGCUCUCAUUAAUGCAAUUGGCAAUGCUUCAUCCAUCUACUCAUCCUGGUUAUGGCCGGAUAAGGAUGCACCUCGUUACAUUCCAGGCUUUGUGACUACUACCAGCUGGCUUGGUGUGCUCUGUAUCUGCACGGCGGUAUUUGCAUGCUUGUUCAGGAAACACCCUGUUCAGAGGACUGAUCAUGCCACGGCCAUGGCUGGCGAACUGAGAGCCCGCAGGGAAGCACAGGAGGUAAACACGAAGGUCUAG